CCCCCUUCUCUCACUUCCACCACCGCCCCCCUCACUCUCUUCUCCUCCCUCUCCUCCCCUCGACUCGCUCCCUUCCUCCCCGCUCGUGAAACCCCGGGCCCAAUGAGGCGGUGGUGGGGUGCCGGGAGGGAGCCGCGGGGAGGUGGGAGGCACACAAACACUCGGACAUUGCUGUCGCUGCUGCUGCUGUAGCUGCUGCUGUUGCUGUCCCUGAUCCGACACCAACGCAGUCACUCAGCCCUUUUUUUAUUCGUUCACGGGCGCACACACGCACCGUCUAAAUUAGACGCGACAGCGUUUGCCGGCACAGCGGACUGCUGCAGCUGCUGUUGCUGCUGCUGUUAAACAGCAUUGGACCUCGAUGAUACCGACGGAAAAUAAUUAACUACCGACGCAGUGACAGCAGAACAAGAAGUGUGGAGAAGACAGCGGUGUUUGUUGAUGGUGCUACUACAAUUGAAGCAGAUGCUCUGGGCCCACGUGAUCGCGAGCGGACACGGCGCUGGGUGGCUCCGUGUGAUUUGAGACAAAGACGCGAACGAGAGAACCGACAGCUGUGAUGGACGGAUUUUACGACCAAGAAGUGCCUUACACGGCCAGUGGCCCGCCAGAUCGCUUGGUCAAGCACGUAUUGGAAGGAGCUGUGGGUUUGGCACAGGAGUCUGAAGAACUUUUCCAAGACCUCCGUCAGCUCCAGGAGGCCUGGCUCGCAGAAGCCAAAGUCCCAGAUGAGGAUGAGCAGUUUGUGCCAGACUUCCAAGCAGAGAACCUGGCGUUCCACGCGCCGUUCGUGAAGGUGAAGAAGGAGGCUCCCAGCCAGUGCCUGGGGCCGGCGUCCGCCUGCAGCCAGGGGCCACCGCCGCGCCUCGCGUAUCCCUCGGCUCACCUCGCCAGUCCAAACGCCUACAUGCAGAAUGGCGGUGCCGAAGGCUUGAAGCUCAGGGGGACCCCGACGCCGGCCUGCACGCCCGCACUGUCUCCCCUGCAGCCGCCGCCGGCAACAGUCGCGGCGGCCCCGGGGCCGGUGGCGCUAGCGGCCGUGUCGGGGCCCCCGUCCCGGCCCCCUGGGCUGGCGGGGGCGGCGCCGUCUCCGUCGCCCACGCGCUCCAAGCCCGGUGCAUCCUUCUCAUCCUCGUCGGUGCCAUCACAGGGCUACAGCAACGUGGCGGCGACGCUGCCCAACCCGGCCGAGAGCGCCUUCUACCAGGACGGCCGGCUGCAACGACAGCUGUCGGAUCCAUGCCCUCCAUUCCCGCUGCACGUGGCACGCUCCGGCUGCCCGCAGUUCCACCGCCAGGCGUCGGAGCCACUCUCGGCGGGCCCCUUUCCCCCACAGGGGCCGCCAGGCGGCCUCAAGCAGGAGUACGUGGGGCCGCAGGGAUACCCCGGGGAGGAGCUGUACCCCGGGCCCCCCCGCCAGCACCCCCAUGGCCACACGCACCACACGCUAGGGGGGGGACCGCCCCCCCCUUUCCAACCACAACCACCUCCUCCCGUCUCCAUCAAGCAGGAGAGGAACGAGUGCCCCUACCAGAUGGACAUGCCCAGCUGCCCACCGAUGUACAUGGGCGGGGACGGCUUCACCACCUCCAAACACAGCGAAGCGUUCGUGUACGAGAAGGAAGGGAGGUCAUACUACGACGAUGCCUGUGUCGUACCAGACCGGUUUGAUGGUGGGGACGUGAAGCCCGAGGUAUGUGGGUUCCGCGAGAGCCUGCCGCCCGUGUACCCGCGCCGUGGCUCGCUGCAACUCUGGCAGUUCCUGGUGGCGCUGCUGGAGGACCCGGCACAUGCUGGCACCAUCGUGUGGACUGGGCGCGGCAUGGAGUUCAAGCUGCUCGACCCGGAGGAGGUCGCUCGGCUGUGGGGCAUCCAGAAGAAUCGGCCAGCCAUGAACUACGACAAGCUGAGCCGUUCCCUGCGGUACUACUAUGAGAAGGGCAUCAUGCAGAAGGUGGCGGGCGAGCGGUAUGUCUACAAGUUCGUGUGCGACCCGGAGGUGGUCUUCUCGCAGGCCUUCCUGGACGGCCAGCGGCCUCUCGUGAAGUCGGAGUGCCGCAGAGCCCCCAGCGACGGCACCACCGUGCCGCUCUCGCACUUCGACGACUCCACCACGGCGCCGCCCCCGCCACCCCUCCCCACGUACGUCGGGGAGUUGGCGAGCGCCGCCACUUACGCAGAUGCCUACAGCUACUGACAUACGCUCAGGUGGUCCCCUUCAUGGGUCUCUCCGUCCGUAGGUUCUUCCGUACACUUGGUGUCGCUAUCUCGAGCGGUGCAGGCAGCACGUCGUGCCGCGCUGCAGCCCCGUGGGCCCGGGGGGGGGGGGGGGGUAGGGCCCAGGUGCCAGGAUAUGAAGAUUCUGGGAUAUUGGACAGUAAGGGGGAGGCCCCAUUUCAUUCCUCGCAAUCAGGGCCCACGUCAAAUUUCGUUAAACCACUCAGUGUGUAGGUCCCUCCGUGGGUCCUUCCUACCCCGACCCCUCCGCCACCUGACUGGUCUAUCUCCUACGGCCCCGUCCACUCACGUAGGAGAAAGAGGGUUUCUCCCUGCUGCUGGUGGCGGGGAGGGGGGCACGACGGGGAGACGGUACGGUCGCCCGCGUCGAUGCAUCGAUGGAGUUUUCUCACGGUGCUUCACGUGACCGCUGGAAGCACGAUUAGCGGAGCGAUAUGCGUAACCCACCGAAGAGAACGACGAGGAGGGGGAAGAGGAGGUGAAGCAGAGGGACGGCCGUCCGAAUAAAUAAAUAUAUUGCUCAUAAACUGAACGCGUGUCUUGGCUAAUGCGCACACCCUGCCCUCUUUCACCACGCGGCUUGCAGUGUUGUCUUCAGGCAACCGCUGAAAUAAACCCCCAACCCAACCCAGUCGUGCGUCGUGUUCCCCUCAACUCAUCACGCCCCCCCCCCCCCUCCUCGGCUGCUAACCGUGACGGAAUGGAUGGGUUUGGACGCGAGGACGACUCGCUCUCUCUCGCUCUCUCUGCCAACUGAAUGAGUGUGCGUUUGCACACAGCCUGCAAAUAAACUAAAAGCUAACGACAAUCUGUUGCAUAAUUUGCUGAGCAAAAUGUUUGUUUUGUAUAGCGCAUGUAACGUAAAGCGAACUUUGUAGUCCCGCCCGUUUUGUACGUCGUCGUCGCGGCCGCUGUAACGCGAAGCUCCUAACGAGCGAGCAGGUGGAACUGCCGCAGCCUUCGCCGAAGAACAGGAAGAAAGUGUUUGUAAAUUAGUUCUCAAGUAGCUAUUAAACACGUUUUUUUUACGGUUGGAUAUAUUGUCACCUUUCCUACCCACCGCCCCCCCCCCCCAAAAAAAAAUCUAUAUAAACGUUUAGUUUUGGGUUUUUUUAGUCGCUAAAUUAAGUUGGCGUUUGCCCACUUAAUAGCUUUGUUAUCAUUGUUUUUGCCACCCCUUGGAUAUGGACAGCUGUGUCGGCAUGUAUCCUCACAGUUGCUAUGAUGAAGAUAGAACAGCCCUGCGGAAUUUUAUUUAAAAACACCUACGCAUUCUGGGAAAUAUAUUGCCUUCCUGUGUCUCCGCAUAUGAAAUAUCUCGUGGUCUUCUUGGCCUUCCAGACUUAACCAGCAGCAUUUGUUUAAACGUUGGAUGCAGCAGAGAUGGGUACCACCUGAACUGGUAAUGAUUUAGUGGUGAUACCUAUUCCUUUAUCAAGGACUCAAGUAUGAAUCACACGUACUUGUGGUGAACAUGCAAACAAACUGAUAAUAUAUGCAUUGUAUUUGAAACUGAUUGGCCCACAUCAGAGACGGCCUUCUCUAUGGCCUCGCCUCACCCGUGUCAGACCAGAGAACGCCAAAAUGCAGACAGUACAAAGACAAUGCAUGUAUCAGAGCAUUUAUAGCUAAGGUGAGUAGCUAUAUCAUGGGAUCCUUUUGCCAGUAUCAAAGUAUCAAUAAUUACAAUAGGUUUUACCCUUGGUGUUUGACUAUCUUAACACGUGUUUUAUUGCCAUGAAGUGUAAAAUCUACAAUUUUUCAUACUUUGAUUCUGACACUAAGGUCCCAUGAUACCUAUGCCUUAAUAUGGCCAUUAAAACCACAAUAAAGUGAAUUUGCGAGACAACCUUUGAAUUAACAUUUUUUCAUUGUAACUUGCAAACCUUGCAAAUGUAAUUUACAAACAAUUGCAUGAGCCCUGUGAGACUAAAUCAUUCGAAUAACAUUCAACCGUCAAUCUACCAUUGGUCGAAGGCAUUCCUGCACUCUGUCGGUCAUGGAUCUGUCUGACCAUUCUCGACGAGGUUGGUCUAUGUGGGUUGGUCAAGUUAGGAGGGAGGAAAGUUGGGGCCUGACCCAGAAUCGGUUAAGAUAUUACUCUCCGCUGUUAGCCGUGGGCCAGGAAUCUAAUCUAACUUGGGUCCCUCUAUUUGUAGCACGGUGUGCUCGCCGCUGUGUGAUCACUCUACCCCCACACACAUUUGGUCUAUGACAUCUAAAUUUCAUCUGUGGGAUUUGGACCAAACAAAAACGCGUCCAAGUUGCCUCGCCGAGUGUGAGACCAACAUUCACUUAAAGCUUCCCUGGGCCCCAUGGACUUUUAGGGUGAGGGGUCAGGCAGAAACCGUUGUCCGCAGCGUUGUGGGGUGGUGUGUAUACUUUCCGCAUUUAUUUCGAUUGUUUACACUAUUGCCCGACGUUUAACAAAAAUAUAAUUUGUUUUGAGGUACGUUGGAAUGUUUGAAAUAUUUGUACUGUUUUCUAAUUUUUAUAUAUAACAUAACGUUUCGUAAUUUUGUACAUACACAUACGCCGACGCUUUUCAUCCUCAAUAUUUUAUCAAGUUCAUACGUAUAAUGACAACAGCGUAAAAUUACCAAAUUCAUAACUGUCCUGUUUUAAAUUCCGCGACGUUGAUAUCUGUUCUGCUUGCGUUUCCUUGGCUUUUGCGUAUUAACAGCAUAAUCAUAACCAGCGGCAUUAUGGCCUUUAUGUAUGUACGCGUUAUGUUAUAUUUACUCUGACCAUAUUCCAUAACGAUGCUACUGAUAGUGCUUGUUUUGUAUUCUGUACAUACAUGAUUAACAGACACUCGGCAUUACAUGCGAGUGCGUUGUAUCGUUUCUGUUGUGUAGCCUUGGGUACAUCUGUUGUUCAUUCCGUACAUUUGUUUUACAGUAAAAAAAAAUAUGAGUUACGCAG